GGACGUCGGACGUCGUCUGCUACUAACAUCAAUAAAAAAAUGGCGCAAAUGGUGAGAUGUAAAUUCGGAUUGUUUUCAUUGAGAUUUAUAAAUCGGAAAGUGCCACACAUUACCUUACCAACGAAUCUUCAACGAUUAUGUUUUCACACAAGUCAAAUAUUCGACGUGAAGGGCAAACCCAUUUUAAUGCCUUCACUUUCUCCUACAAUGGAGACGGGGACAAUUGUCAAAUGGAUGAAAAAGGAAGGAGAUCCAAUUGCUCCAGGAGAUGCUCUCGCUGACAUUCAGACCGAUAAAGCAGUGAUCACUAUGGAAUUUGACGAUGAAAGCAUUUUUGCCAAAAUAAUCGUUAAAGAAGGGGUAAAAGAUAUAAAAGUCGGAGAUUUGAUAGCGUUAGUGGUCGACGCUGAUGAGGAUUGGAAAAGUGUGGAAAUGCCUGAUUCUGCUUCAUCAUCGGCUAGUGCACCAUCUACAGCGCCUGCCGCUACUUCGGCUCCUGUAGAGGCUGCUGAACCGCCUCCUGGACAACAAAAUGUUGCAAUGCCGGCACUUUCUCCGACAAUGACUUCGGGAACGAUUGUGAAAUGGUUGAAACAGGAAGGCGAUGGAAUUGAACCUGGCGAUGCAAUCGCUGAAAUCCAAACCGACAAGGCUGUCAUGACAUUCGAAAUGGAUGAGGAGGGAGUCAUUGCCAAAUUUUUGGUUCCCGAAGGCGCGCAAGCUGAAGUUGGACAAUUAAUAGCAAUUGUAGUCGAAAAGGGAAUGGAUUUGAAAUCUGUGGUCGUUCCCGUUGUGACGAAACCAGCCGCAGCGGGUGCAAGUCCGGCAGCGAAAGCUCCCGCCCCGGAAAAAGCCACUUCUGCCCCUGCAGCUUCGUCUCCUUCUUCCAAACCUCCACCGAGUGGCCAAGUUUACGGCCUGGCUGUGAAGCGACUUCUGGAAGAAUACGGCUUAAGUUCAGGAUCUGUUAAAGGAACUGGCCGACCGAAUCGUCUAUUGAAAAGUGAUGUUUUAACGUUUAUCCAAAGUAAUAACGUUCAAAAACUCACUCUGAAAUCGGGUACAGAAAGCACGCCGGGAGCAACAAAGACUGCAGAAUCAUUUGUUUCGACUCGAACGAGAAGAUCAACUGGUCCAUCUACUUACAAAGACCUAGAAGUUUCGAAUAUAAGGGCCGUCAUUGCAAAACGACUCGGAGAAUCGAAGAGCAAUAUUCCUCAUUCCUACGCGAGUAUACAAAUUAAAAUUGACAAACUUAAUGAAGUACGGAGUAAACUUCUGGCUGAUAAUGUGAAAGUAUCGGUUAAUGAUUUUAUAACAAAAGCAGUUGCUCACGCUCUUCUGGAAUGUCCGGAUAUUAAUUGUUUAUAUCAAAAUGGACAGACGGUACGAGCUCCGAGUGUAGACGUUUCAGUGGCGGUUGCAACUCCAAACGGAUUGAUUACUCCUAUUGUUUUUAAUGCUGCAACUAAAAGUCUCAGUGAUAUCUCAGCAAAUAUUCGAGAACUCGCUGUUAAGGCUCGAGAAGGAAAAUUGAAACCUCAAGAAUUUCAAGGAGGAUCCUUCACGAUCUCCAAUCUUGGAAUGUUCGGUAUUUCCGAAUUUUCCGCCAUCAUAAAUCCACCACAAACUGCUAUUUUGGCGGUUGGAACUGGUAGAGCAGAAUUAGAUGUCUCGCUAACGAAAUCGACUUUAAUGACAGUAACAUUAUCCUACGAUCGACGAGCGAUCGACGAGGAUCAAGCUGCCGAUUUUUUGGCAGUUCUUCGUGCCAUGUUAGAGGAACCCACUUUCCUAGCAGUGGGCAGAGCUCAAGCAAAGCGAUACCGACGCGAAUAAAUAUUAUUAAUUAAUUAAUUAAUUAAUUAAUAUUAAAUACACGAAUUGUAAUUUGCAAGUUUCCAUAAAAAAAACUCGCACUGCCUUCAAGAGAGAAACAAUUCACUGUACAAAUGCGGAGAACUCUUUCGAGUUUUUUUCUAGAAAAUUUUGUUAAGUCUCAAGCCGAUCCUUCGAUCGGAUGUCGCAGUUUGCUAACGAGUUCAUCAAAAAAUUAUUCCCAACUCAACAAAUGAAAGUAAUUAGAAAUAAUUAUAAAUAAUAGUUGUCCAAUUAAGAAAUAAGAACUCGAUAGUUCAGUCUGCAACGUAGCUAGAAACCUUAUAUAAAAUAAAAUGUAAGACCAAAGCAUUGGUUCCAAUUUGAGUACAAAGAGCAUAUGUUACUUCAAAACCAAAAAAAAAAAGGGAAUUUUAAUCAA